CCCACACUCCCAUCUCUGACUUUUGCACCAUCGUCUCAAAACACCCUUCAUAAUACAUCCCUCCAAGUCACGGAUCAACAUGCCAGUCACCAAUUUCUCCCAUCCGGAUCCGUAUUCCUACCAGACAGGCUUCGACUCGUACCAUGAAACCGAAGCCAUCAAAGGUGCCCUACCAGUAGGACAGAACUCCCCGCAGAAAGCCCCCUACGGUCUGUACACCGAAAAGCUGUCCGGCACAGCGUUCACCGCGCCCCGACACGAAAACCGACAAACAUGGGUCUACCGCAUAAUUCCAGCCGCAGCCCACGAGAACUUUGUCGCUGAAGAAGAGGACUCCUAUCACACGCGCAUGACUACCGAAACCCACCAGCUUCACCAUAUCCCGAACCAACUACGAUGGAACCCCUUCGAUCUGGACGAAACCGUCGACUGGGUCCACGGCCUUCAUCUGGUGGCCGGGGCCGGCGAUCCCACUCUGAAGCAGGGACUAGGGAUCAUCUUGUAUGCAGCGGGCAAGGAUAUGGGCAAGGAGGCAUUCUACUCGGCCGACGGAGACUUCCUAAUUGUGCCGCAGCAUGGAGUGCUGGACAUCCAGACGGAACUGGGCCGACUGGUGGUCCGCCCGAAUGAGAUCUGCGUGAUCCCUCGGGGUGUGCGGUACCGCGUCACCCUCCCCGCGGGUCCCGUACGAGGCUACAUCUGCGAGCUGUACCAGGGCCACUACCAGCUGCCGGAGUUGGGCCCGAUCGGGUCCAACUGCCUAGCCAAUGCGCGCGACUUCCAAGCUCCCGUGGCAUCCUUCGACGACGAAGAGGAGCCCGCAGAAUACCGGCUGUACAGCAAGUUCGCCAACAAGCUCUACUCAGCGCGGCAGCAGCACACGCCCUUCGACAUCGUGGCGUGGCACGGCAACUACUACCCCUACAAGUACGACCUGGGGCGCUUCAACACGAUCGGCUCCAUCUCGUUCGACCACCCGGACCCGUCCAUUUUCACCGUGCUGACCGGGCCCUCCGACCACGCCGGCACCGCCAUCGCCGACUUCGUCAUCUUCCCGCCCCGCUGGCUGGUGCAGGAGAACACCUUCCGCCCGCCGUGGUACCACCGCAACACCAUGUCGGAGUUCAUGGGCCUCAUCACCGGGAACUAUGAUGCCAAGACCGGUGGGGGCUUUCAGCCCGCUGGCGCGAGCUUGCAUAAUGUCAUGAGUGCGCACGGCCCGGAUUCCGAUGCCUUUGAGGGCGCGAGUAAUGCUGAGCUGAAGCCGGCGAAGGUUGGGGAUGGUAGUAUGGCGUUUAUGUUUGAGAGCUGUUUGAUGGUUGGGGUCUCGGAGUGGGGGCUGAAGACUUGCCAGAAGGUGCAGGAGGAGUAUAAUGAGCAUAGCUGGCAGCCGCUCAAGCGUCACUUCAAGAAUCCGAACAAGCAAUGAGUGUGUGCAUGAGAUGAAUAGCAGGAAGCUAGCUCGAGCGUAGGGAUUUGCAACAAGCAGUGUGUGAGCCAGGGACACAUACAAUAUAUGUUGUACCAGAGAUUGGACGUGAUCAAGAUUCUGCUGAAAAGUGACCAAGUGUAAAGAUCUCCGGAGAUGACAUCUGGAAAGACAUGCGAUCCUCAACUGGCUGGAAUUACUCCUUCAUACUUUAUGCCUAUCUUCUAGUUAAAAACUCCUCUUGGCCGUGCUUGGUAGUUGGGGGCAAGCUUGUACUUCGGAUUGUUUUACUCCGCCAGCUUCCAGCCUGCGCUGAUCAACAGGCUAGCAGAUUGGUUAAUGAAAACUUGC